CUAUUCUAGACAGUGAAGCAGCUUCAGGCUAUCGGCACGCACUUCUUUCUAAUAUUUCGUCACACCGAAAGCAAAUCCUCAAAUUAUUAAUUAAAAAUGGCUAAAUUGUGCGUGGUCCUGUUCAUUUGCGCCUCAGCUGUCGCGCUCGCCUCAGCUGCCACCAUACGCGAUCGCCCCCUGGCGAUAGGCAAACCAGUGGUUGCUGUUGUGCAGACCGAGAAGGAGAAGGAGUUUGUGCCAAUUGUGAAAUCGGUGGCGGAGCGCAAAGAUGAUGGCUCUUUCGUCUUCUCCUACGAAGGUGCCGAUGGCACGCAGCGCGAAGAGGUUGGCAUUGUAAAGAACGCCGGCACCGACGAGGAGACUUUGGAGGUUUCGGGCUCUUACCGUUACUACGAUGCCGAUGGUCAGCUGAUCGAAGUGCGUUAUACCGCGGGCGAAAAUGGUUUCGUGCCACAAGGAACGAAUAUUCCACAAGAAAUCACGGCAGCAGCGCAUGCCGCAGCUGAGGUAGCGCGUCGUCAGCCGGUGGAAGUGAAAUGAGGUGCGUGUGUUUGGGCGACAAAUCAGUGAUUGGAGUAGUUUGAAGUGCUUUAUAAGUACGCGUGUCUAUUGCUAAUAAAUUAAAGAAUUACAUUUUGAUAAUAAGAAACAAAAGUACAAAAA